AUGGAGCCGAUUGAUGAAGCUCUUGAAUUCCUGAAAUCUGCAGACAAAAUUAAUUAUGCUAAGGCAGCACGACGUUUCAAUUGCGAUGAGACUACGCUGCGGCGCCGGCAUCAAGGCAAACAGAGGUCAAGACGGGAUGCUGACAGAUUGUAUAAGUCAUGUCUAUCAAAACAACAAGAACGAGAUCUUAUUGCCUAUAUUCACAAGCUUUCAUCGCGUGGCAUCCCCCCCACGCUAUCAAUGGUAAAGAACUUUGCGCAGGAUAUCGCGAAAAUUAAGGUCGGAAAGGACUGGCCGUACAGCUUCGUUCGAUGCAAUCGUAAUGAGCUUGGUUGCAUCUGGUUUGACGGGCUAGACGCCGCGCGAAAGAGAGCCGAUAAUGCCUCUAGGUAUAAGGAUUAUUUUGAGCUUAUCCGCACGAAAAUCGAGAAAUACAACAUUCUGCCUUGCAACACAUAUAACGUGGACGAAAAGGGGUUUCUCUUGGGCGUGAUUAAUAGGACAAAGAGAGUAUUUUCCCUAAGUGUCAAAAAGCAGGGUAAAUUACUCGGCGCAUCGCAAGAUGGCAAUCGAUCCUGGAUUACCUUCCUGGCAUGCGUCUGCCAGGAUAUGACAUCGCUGCCGCCAUUUCUCAUCUACCAAGGCAAGCCAGGGCAAGUCCAAGAUUCUUGGCUUGCAGAGUUUGACCCAGAGCAUCAAUCGGCUUUCUUUACAACCUCGGAGACGGGGUGGACAAAUCACGAACUUGGGAAAGAGUGGCUAAUAGGCGUUUUCGACCGCUUUACCAAGGCGAAAGCCCGCAACGGUCGUGAUUAUCGUCUCCUUAUUACUGAUGGCCACUCCAGCCAUGUUAAUAUGGACUUUCUAGAGUGGUGUGACCAACAUAGGAUUAUUAUUGCGGUGUUCCCUCCCCAUUCCACACAUCGGUUGCAGCCCUUAGAUGUGUCGCUGUUUAGCCCUCUGUCAACCGCAUACUCAAAUCAGCUUAUCCAGUGGACGGCAAAAACACAAGGCCUUAUUAAUCUAUCAAAGCGCGAGUUCUGGACUUUGUUUUGGAGCGCAUUUGAAACUUCCUUCUCUGCCGAGAACAUUGCGAAAGAAGACAAUUCAGAUACAGGUGGAGACUCUGCAGAGUCAUUGGCCCUCCAACAACCUACUGCUCGAGAUUUACGCCGACUUGUAGACAAAGUUGUCGAUACGUCCGCUGCAGAUAGGGGCCGCAAUAGCCGAAAGCUAAAGAGCACUCUUAAAAGCCUUCAAUCUGAGGUUGACCUGCUUCGAUAUGAGAACCAAGGACUCCGUGAGACAAUUAUUCAGGAGAAGAAGCGCAGGCAGCGCGGUAAAGCCUUAAAAGAUCUACUUUUUGAUCGAACAGAUCCUAACGCAGCCCAGGUGUUUAGCCCAGCGAAAGUCGCACAAGCUCGCGUAAAGAAGGCAGAAAUAGACGCGCAACGGAAAGAGGAGGCACUAAAGAAGGAAGCCCAAAAGGUUCAGCGGCAGAAGAAGGCAGCAGAGCAGAAAGCUCUAGCCCUAGAGAGAAGGAGGCAACGUGAGGCAGAAACAGAGAGGAAGCGGCAGGCAAAAGAAGCCAGACAACAAGAGAGGGAGGAAAAUCGGCAGAUCCGACGAGAUCUCAAGCGCCAGGAUCUAGAAAUAGCACAUAAAAUGCAACAUAAAGGACAGGCGGCUUUGGACGGUCGCGAAAAAAGUGCGGAUGUUGAGGAUGAAAUAAUCGUCGCUCUUCCACCUACACGGGAGCCACGGGCCGCAUGGAAGACGCCAGAUCCACCAAGACAAAAUGCGAAACGGAAGGCAAUAGCCACUCCAAACCGCACUACUAGCCCAAAAAAGCCAUUUCUCGUUGUUGAGAAUGAUCGGGAGAUGGUGGUAGCAUUUCGGGACUCUAGGAGGCCGCAGCGCAAUAGCAAGCGGCCGCGAUGGCUUAAGGACUAUGAAAUACAAUGA